UACCUUGCUACCUUUUUCAAGUGCCGUGUCAUAGAAAUUGAGACAAGACCACAGGCAAAAUGUGCCAUGUGGUUUGACCAGAAGGCAGGAAGGGUGACUGCGUCAAACAUCCGAGCAGCCUGCCACACGGACCCAGACAAACCAGCUGUUUCCCUGCUGAAGAAACUGUGCUAUCCAGUGGCCUACAAGGACCCAAACAACAACACACCACACUCUCUCAGAUGGGGCACUGAACACGAGGGAACGGCAGUUGAGGAGUACACCAAAACAAUGGAGAGCCACCACACCAACCUCACUGUCAGGAAGGGAGGCCUGGUCAUCAACCCUCAAUAUCCAUGGUUAGGGGCAUCCCCAGACGGCAUAUUAACAUGUGACUGCCAUGAAAUGGGUGUGUUGGAAGUAAAGGCACCCAGCAGUCUUGAUAAUAGCACAUUGGGGGAGAAAAGUAAACAGGACAGCACGUUCUGUCUCAAAGAGGUUGGCGGUAAACUUUUCUUAAAGAGGGACCAUCAGUACUUCUAUGAGGUGCAGACACAAAUUCAUCUGACACAAGCAAGCUACUUUGACUUUGCUGUCUGGGGACCGGGGAAAGGAGGGAAUGGGGAAAUGCACAUUGAGAGGAUUCUGCCCGAUACUGACUUUUUUGAGUCCAUGUGUGAAAAGGUUAGCAAAUUUGUGCAGAAAUGUGUCAUCCCAGAGCUUGUAGCAAAGGUGUUCACAGCUCCUAUUCUAACAUCACAUGACAAAAAAACAUCUGAAGGCAAGGGCUGUUACUGUGGGGUCCCUGUACUGCACAAAGAAGACAGACUUGAGUGUUUCUAG